AUGCAUCGAUUCGAAUUAAUACUAAGCCACCAGGUCAAGACCGAUCAAAUUUUCACAAAAUAUGCCCAAGCAGAGCUCACUGCUCUUAUUGAUGAAAUUGGGAACGAUGCAACCGGAAGGCUAGAUGACAUGGAACGUGCAGUUCGUGAAUUGCUGCAAAUGGAACGUGCUUGGGUUUCAAAGAACGAGGCAGCGAGUAUCAAACGUCUUACUUGGGUUACCUUCAUUUUCCUUCCUCUAAUGUUUACCUCCGUCAGUAGCCCUCAAACCAGUGAUUAG